CAUGGCGCUGGUGGUCGCCGCCGCGGCGCUCGCGCCCCCGGGCGCACAAGCGCGCUCGUGUCGGGCGAGCCGGCUCUCCGCUCCGGUCGCGAUGCGGUCGACCCCCAAGGUGCCGUACAAGUUCCCGGGGAUGGACGAGGCGACGUGGAUCUCGAUCUACUCGCGCAUGUACCGCGAGCGGAUUCUGCUGCUCUCCCAGGACAUCGACGACGACUUUGCGAACCAGAUGAUCGCGACGCUCCUCUACCUCGAGUCCGAGGACUCCAAGUCGCCCGCCGCCAUGUACUUCAACGUGGGCGGCGGCGUGAUGAAGGCGGGCCUCGCCGUGCACGACACGAUGCGGAUGAUGCCGUACGAGUUCCAGACGGUCAACAUGGGGAUGUGCGCCCAGGUGGCCGCCUUCCUCGUCGCCGCGGGCACCAAGGGCAAGCGCUUCGCCCUGCCCAACGCGCGCUUCCGCAUGGAGAACCCGACGAUCGAGCCAAUGUACGACAACGAGGGCAAGCCCCGCACGCGCAUCAUGCAGGCGACCGAGAUGCGGCUUGAGGUGGCGGAGGUGCUGCGCGACAAGCGGCGCGUGCUCGAGGGCUUCUCCUCCGCGACGGGCCGCUCCGCCGAGCAGCUCGAGCAAGACUUCAAGCGCGACUUUUACCUCGACGCGAACGAGGCGCUGCAGUAUGGCUUGGUGGACCGGCUGCUGCUGCCCGGGGCUAAAAGGGAGGGGGCGGAGAAGGGGGAGAUCAGCCCCGGCGUCGGCAUCGGAUAGCCGGCGCGGCGGGGCGGCACAGCGGCGGCAGCCGCCUUCAAACUCGUAGGACGAGACCUGUCUUGUUGUGUGGCGGUGCGCUGUCCUCCGGCCGCCGCUCUCGACCGCUCUGUCGCCUGGUGUGUGAUCGGCGGCGGGCGGAAUCCAUUCCGUGUUUGAGGACGUGAAUCGCCGAGACCC